AUGGAGAAACACGAUAUAGAAGAGCCAAGCUCUACUGAGAACUUAGACGACCAUGCCAAAACGAUACCUCUCAAGACAGAGCCGGAAGACCCGGAUGCUAACUUGAGCCUGGAAGAGCGGCAGAAGCUGGACAAGGCAUUGGUACGGAAGCUCGACUUUAAGCUAGUCCCGUGGCUUUCAUUACUAUACCUUGUUAGCUUCCUAGACCGAACAAAUGUCGGAAACGCAAAACUUGAGGGCCUCUUGAAAGAUCUUCGUCUCUCAGAUGGCCAAUAUGCCGCAGCCUUAACUAUAUUCUUCGUUUCUUACUCCAUCUUUGAACCCCUGACCAACAUAUUACUGAAAAAACUGAGGCCUAGUCUUUUUAUUCCAUGUAUAAUGGUUGUCUGGGGUAUCUGCAUGACCACUAUGGGUCUCACCAAAGAUUUUUCGGGCUUUAUGGCCGCGAGAUGGUUCCUAGGUCUCACCGAAGCAGGACUUUUCCCUGGCGUAAGCUACUUUUUAUCAUGCUGGUAUAAACGAACCGAGUUUGGUAUUCGAAUGGCUAUCUUCUUCUCUGCGGCUGCCGUAGCCGGUUCGUUUGGAGGCCUACUUGCCGCUGCAAUUGCAAAAAUGAACGGUGUUGGAGGUAAGGCUGGCUGGGCUUGGAUUUUUAUCCUCGAAGGCUUAGCUACAAUAGUAAUUGCUAUAGUGUCAUUUUGGAUGGUGCAGGACUUUCCAGACACUGCAACAUUCUUAUCGGAAGAUGAUAGGAAACGAGUCAUAUUGCGUCUUGCAAGGGACAAGCAAUCCAGUGCCGGACACGAGGAUUUUAGAAUGGAAUACUUCUGGGCUAGUAUAAAAGACUGGAAGACUUAUGUAUCUGCUUUUAUAUAUGCUGGAUGUGUUGGGCCACUCUAUGCAUUUUCACUUUUCCUCCCCACGAUCAUCAAAGAACUAGUAAGGUAUAAAUCAACUACGGCACAGCUACUCUCGGUUCCUCCAUAUGCUGCAGGGUGUCUUUUGACCAUCAUAAUCGGACUAUUCGCUGAUCGCACAAAAUUGCGCGGCUUGUGCAAUAUUGGCACAUCACUUCUUGGAAUCGUUGGGUUCAGUAUGUUGCUCGGAGCCAAGUCUCCAGGCGUAAGGUAUGCCGGGACAUUUCUCGGGGCAAUGGGCAUCUACCCGUGUAUACCCAAUACGAUAUCGUGGGCCAGUAACAAUACCGAGGGAGUAUAUAAACGUGGUGUCAGCCUUGGCUUUAUUAUUGGAUGGGGAAACCUCAACGGUGUAAUAUCUUCCAAUAUUUAUAGAUCUCAAGACGCACCAAACUUCUUCCCUGGACAUGGCAUUGUCCUGGGGUACCUGGUUGUAUUCCUUUUUGGUGGUAGUGUCUUACAGCAUGUACUCCUAAGAAUUGAGAAUGGGAAGAGGGUGAAAGGAGAACGAAACAAGUGGAUCGAGGGACUCGAUGAACAUGGCAUCGAGAUGCUAGGCGAUGAACGGCCAGAUUUCAUUUACACACUCUAA